AUCCUCAGAUCUUGGCGUAGCUGAGAAUGGUCUGAGGUGAUUUGUGUGGGACACAGGCAUCACGACUGGGCAUCCCUGCGGAGAAUCGCUCCAGCACUUUCAUCUGGAUCUGUGAGGGGAUCAUGGGGGGAGCAGUCAGCGCUGGCGAGGACAACGAUGAAUUGAUAGACAACCUGAAGGAAGCGCAGUACAUCCGUACAGACCGCGUGGAGCAGGCCUUUAGGGCCAUAGACCGUGGAGAUUAUUACCUGGACAGCUACAGAGACAAUGCCUACAAGGAUCUGGCGUGGAAGCACGGGAAUAUACACCUGUCAGCGCCGUGUAUCUACUCUGAGGUGAUGGAAGCGCUGAAACUCCAGCAGGGUUUGUCUUUCCUGAACCUCGGCAGCGGCACGGGAUACCUGAGCACCAUGGUGGGCCUGAUCAUAGGUCCGUUUGGAGUAAAUCAUGGUGUUGAGCUACACAAGGAUGUGGUGGAAUAUGCAAAAGAAAGACUUGAUGAAUUCAUUAAAAACAGCGACAGCUUUGACAGGUUUGAGUUCUGCGAGCCACACUUUGUGGUGGGGAAUUGUCUGGAGAUUUCCUCAGACAGUCACCAGUACGACCGCAUCUACUGCGGCGCUGGAGUUCAGAAGGACCAUGAGAACUACAUGAAAAUCCUGCUGAAAGUCGGAGGAAUUUUGGUCAUGCCGAUAGAAGAUCAGCUGACUCAGAUCACUAGAACCGGUCAGAGCUCCUGGGAGAGUAAGAAUAUCCUGGCGGUGUCAUUUGCUCCUCUUGUUCAGCAGAGCAGGACAGAAGGCUGCAAGCCUGAUGCUGUGGUGCUCCCGCCGCUGUCUGUGAGGACUCUUCAGGACCUGGCACGAAUCUACAUCCGCCGGACCCUCCGCAACCUGACCAACGAGGAGCAACCAGCCCGCAACAACACACAGCGAGCGCCGCAGAAACGCAAACGCAGGCGCUGCCGCCGCCGCCGCCGCAUCAACACCUACGUGUUCGUGGGGAACCAGCUGAUUCCUCAACCCAUGGACAGCGAGGGGGACGAAUGCAUCGAGGAGGAGAGCAAAGAGGAGGAGCAGGAGAAAGACAGUGAGCCCGUCAAACCCGAGGAGCCGCGGGUCAACCAUCUGAGAGACAAAAUCCUGAGUCUGCCGCUGCCCGAGUCGCUGAAGGCAUACCUGCUGUUCUACCGCGAGAAAUAACACACGAGAAAUUGCCCGUAGAAGCAUUAAUCAACUGUGGUUAUUUCCUUCUCAGACUACUUCUGACCUUCAAUUUCAUAGUUUUUGUUUUUGAUAAUGUAGCAUAAUUUCAAGAUUUAAACGGGGCUGGGCUACAUUUGCAAGAGACGCUGGAUUUGAUUGUGCUUGCUGUGUUUGUUCUAAUGACUCAUAAUGUUGUAAUAUUCACAUUUUGAAUGUGAUUUUUCACUUCAGAGGGCCUUGGGGGUUUAGAAGCUUCUAGCUCACCUUGUUUGUAUUGAGAAGAGUUCGCUAAAUGUGAUGGAAGCUCUUUUUCACUGGCUUGUAUUGUAAGACCAGCUGUUUGAUGA